AUGAGAGAUCGAACAUCAAUAAUGCAGAACGUGAGGCCCUUGGAAAUUACGCCGCCGCACAGAAGCCGCUCGUCUUCUUGGUCGUCGUGGCGGAGAUAUGCCAAUUUACGACCGGAACCACGAUACUCCUUGCAAUAUCAGACCGAAGAGAAUAGCUUCCUGCUUCGGUUGAAGAUAAUAGGAGCAUAUUCAUUGGCUAAGAAAGAUAUUUUUGGAGCUAGUGACCCAUAUGUUCGUGUGGAGUUGCAAAAGGUUGACUGUGACGUCACACUUGAGACUUUCCUGACCAAAACAAAGAAAAGGACCCUCAAUCCAGUAUGGAAUCAGGAGUUUGUAUUUCGGGUAAAACCCCAAGAGCAGAAACUACUAAUUCAAGUGUUUGACGAAAAUCGUCUUACUCGUGAUGACUUCUUGGGUAUGGCUGAAGUGCCACUCGUGAACACGCCCUUCGAAUCUGCGGCCAACGCCCGUCCGGCCAUCACUAAGUACCCCCUGCGCCCGCGCAGGUCCGUCGCCAGAUCUCGCGUCCGUGGUUACAUCGAAAUAUACCACGCUCUGGUGGGCCGUGUGGGACAGGAAGAAGGUGAAUCCACGAGUCCACCAGAUGAUUGGGAGAUGGUGGAGCCUGCACCGCAAGUGGGGAAUGUUCAGCCGGCAAUAGGAGGAGAUCCACUUCCCACCGGGUGGGAGGAAAGGCAAGACGCGAAUGGAAGGACAUAUUACGUGAACCAUGCGGCUCGGUCCACACAAUGGGAGCGGCCUACUUUCACCCGUAAUAUGAGUACGGAGUCUCAAGCGGAGCGUAUGGAGACGGCAGCGACGGAGUUCCAACGCAGAUUCCACAUUUCGGCGGACGAUGAACACAAUCAGGCUAACACUCAGCCGCAUGAGGAACCAAAUAGGCCAGCCGAAAGCACUGCUGACUUGACCGAAUCAAGAACUGAAAAUGAAGUCGAAUCUAAUGAAUUAUCUGAAAACCCAAACGAACCUACACCGUUCUCUACGCCUGCCCUUUCACCUGUAAUCGAACACACUACCGAAACAGUGCCUAACUUUAACGACUGUGAUACUAAUGUAAGCGAACGCAACGAAGAAAAUGACGUAGUAUGUGCUAAUGAAACGACUGAAAAUACAACAGAACAAACUGAACAAGAACACAACGAAAUCGUUCAAGCCGUUCAUGCUGAAGCAUCUAGCAGUAACGAUACUGCUAAUGACAACGAAAAUGACGAAGAAUCUGUAACGCCGACAAAUAAAUUAUCUCCAACAAGUAGUCAAGAUACUUCCGAAACGGAUACUAUAGAGAUUGAAUUGAGGCCGACGAUUGAAGAAAUAAUAAUAACUAGUCCUGAAGAAACUCAAGAGGAGAUAGACAGAAUUAACGGUGUUCAAAACGAAGAGGUGGAAAGAAGGGAAGGCGAACGAAAUGAAGAAACGGGUGACGAGUCAGCGGAGUCUUUGACGUUUGACGAGAACCACUUCAGUACGCCGACUGGAGGCGUUAGUCCAGAACGGCGCUCCUCAACGGGAAGGCGUUCCUCAACUGACAGACGUAGACGACGAACAACGGCCAGUUCAAUGAGCUCAGAGGACGAGUCGGACGGUUCCUCGGAGAGUACACGAAGCAGCAGUGCCAGCAGCACCCAGAGUCAGAACUUACCUAAUAGCGAUGGUCUACCUCCAGGCUGGAGUAUGCAGCGUGCUCCGAAUGGUAGAGUAUUCUUCAUCGACCACAAUAAUAAGACAACUACUUGGGUCGAUCCUAGAACAGGAUGUGCAUCGAAUUUGCCGAGCGCAGCGCUAGCGAGCGCGGGAGCGGAAGCGGAUGAGUUGGGUCCGCUGCCUGAGGGUUGGGAGGAACGCGUACAUACAGAUGGACGUAUCUUCUUUAUUGAUCACAAUACCCGCAUCACGCAAUGGGAGGACCCUCGUCUCUCCAAUCCCCAUAUCGCUGGUCCAGCUGUGCCUUACUCUCGCGACUAUAAACGCAAGUACGAAUACCUCAAGAGUCAGUUGCGUAAGCCGAGUAACGUACCAAACAAGUUUGAAAUAAAAGUCCGUCGAAACUCGAUUCUGGAGGACUCUUAUCGCAUCAUUAGUUCCGUCAGUCGAGUCGAUCUUCUGAAGACAAAGCUGUGGGUCGAGUUCGAGUCUGAAGUCGGCUUGGAUUAUGGCGGUCUGGCUCGUGAAUGGUUCUUCUUGCUGUCGAAGGAAAUGUUCAACCCGUAUUAUGGUCUAUUCGAGUACUCUGCUAUGGAUAACUAUACACUCCAAAUAAACCCCAACAGUGGGGUUUGCAAUGAGGAGCAUCUCAAUUAUUUUAAAUUUAUUGGUCGUGUCGCUGGUAUGGCUGUGUACCAUGGGAAACUGCUUGAUGCAUUCUUUAUCCGUCCAUUCUACAAGAUGAUGCUGGCCAAACCCAUUGAUCUUCAAGACAUGGAAUCUGUUGACUUGGAGUACUAUAACUCACUAAUGUGGAUACGGGAUAACGAUCCCUCGGAAUUAUAUUUGACAUUCGCAGUGGAUGAAGAGCAAUUCGGAAAGACGUACCAGAGAGAACUGAAGACAAAUGGGGCCAAUAUUUCAGUCGACAACGAGAAUAAAGAUGAAUAUAUCAAAUCUGUGAUCGAAUGGCGUUUCGUGCGUCGUGUUCAGGAGCAAAUGAACGCGUUCCUUGAAGGAUUUGGCGCUCUGGUGCCACCAGCUUUACUCAAGAUCUUCGAUGAACACGAGCUUGAGUUGUUACUCUGCGGUAUACAGCGCAUAGAUGUGAGGGAUUGGCGUGCUAACACCCUGUAUAAGGGAGAUUAUCAUGCGAACCAUCUGGUCGUCCAGUGGUUUUGGAGGGUGGUUCUAUCAUUCUCGAAUGAGAUGCGCUCGCGCCUCCUCCAAUUCGUUACGGGCACGUCUCGUGUGCCAAUGAACGGAUUCAAAGAGUUGUAUGGCUCCAAUGGCCCGCAAUUAUUCACUAUUGAGAAAUGGGGCUCGCCCGAGAAUUAUCCCCGAGCACAUACGUGUUUUAAUAGGAUCGAUCUGCCGCCAUAUGAGACCUACCAGCAGUUACGGGAGAAGUUGAUCAAGGCUAUUGAAGGCUCCCAAGGGUUUGCGGGAGUCGACUGA